AUGAAUGAAUUUAUAGAAAAAACAUUAUAUUCAGAAGGUACUUCUGGAAAAAUAUAUAAAUGUAUAUGGAAGACAAAUGAAUGCAAAGUUGUAGCAUUAAAAGUCAGUACUUUAUCAAUUCAACGAAUGCCUCAUCGACCUGAUUAUGAAAUUAAGUUGUUGACUGAAUUAAAACAUAAAAAUAUUGUAGAGCCUCUCAAAACUUUUCGUUACGGGCAAAACUUUGUACUAGUACUUCCUUUUUUACCUUAUGAUUUAUUAUCUGUUCUAUCAAAGAAUAAUGAUCCAGAGUGGCUAAAGGAGCAAUUGAAAGGAAUUACAUCAGCAUUGGCGUAUAUUCAUGAGAAAGGAAUUAUUCAUAGGGAUAUAAACCCGCAGAAUAUUAUGUUUUUGUCGGAGAAAGGACCAGCUAUGUUAAUUGAUUUCAGCACAGCAUGGUCAUCAGAAAAUCCAGGUAAUGAAGUAAAAGGAAAGUUAGUUACAGAUGUAGCUACAGGGCCAUAUAGACCUCCAGAGCUUCUCUUAUCUUAUACAAAUUAUGAAACAGCUCUUGAUAUGUGGUCAUGGGGUGUAACAAUGGCACAAAUGUUUACACAUGAAAACAAACCUCUUUUUGACUCUGGAUCAGGGGAAAAUUUUGGAUACAGUGAUCUUUUAUUAUUAUCAUCUAUUUUUAAAACAUUAGGAACACCUACGAAAGAAACUUGGGACGAAAUCGAUGAACUUCCAGAUUUUAAAAAAGUUCAUUUCAUUAAUUAUACUGCUCAGUCGUGGGAAAUGAUUUUACCAAAUGCACCAUACGAUGCUAGAGAUUUAAUUUCAAACUUAAUUACAUAUAGCUUUAAAAAAAGAUUAACUGCGAAAAAAGCGUUAAAUCACUUUUAUUUUUCAAAAACAUAA